AUGCUACCAUCAAAUACUCCUACAUAUGAACUCUACUUCCCUUCCCUAAAACAACUUGAUUUGUGGACAAUAAGUGAGAAGAUAUUGAAGCAAAUUCUUUGCCCACCUCAUCAUCAUUCUCCUCUUCACGAUUUAAAUAAUUUGACUCUAGGUGAUAUUGAGGGCCUAGCAACUAUGCCAGAGGAUGUGUUCAAGAGUCUCGCGUCACUCCAAUCCUUGUCUAUUGAAAACUGCAGAAAUCUCGUCUCUCUAUCCACAUGUCUAACUCAUCUCACUUCCCUUGAGUUUCUAUGUAUAGAGAAUUGCCCUCUACUUGACUUGUCCAUCGAAGAAGCAAUGCGAUUUGAAGUCCCGGGUAAUUUAUCAACUUUCACAGUUUUCGGGCUUGACAAGCUAACAUCGCUUCCACUUUGGCUCCAACAUUUCUCGGGUACUUUGAAAUCAAUAGACAUUUGGGGAUGUCCUAACUUCACGACAAUUCCAGAAUGGAUAGGCGACCUCAUUGCCCUUAAUCGGUUGAAAAUUUACGAUUCCCCUAUGUUGACAUCCUUUCCAGAAGGCAUGCGAUCUCUCGCAGCAUUGCAAAUGCUAAUUGUUAAAAGAUGUUCAUCAGGCCUGAAGCAAAGAUGCCAGAAGGAAGUAGGAGAGGACUGGCCUAAGAUUGCUCACAUCCCAAGAGUUUGCAUAUAA